GUACUGCGUGGUCUUCCUUUGGUGUUUGCGUACCUCGACGAUAUUUUGGUUGCUAGUACCACACCCGAACAACAUUUAGGGCAUUUGCGCACUGUAUUUACCCGUUCAUCGGAAUAUGGUGUCAUAAGUAACGCUCAAAAACGUGUUUUUGCUUCUUGUCUACUAUCUUUUCUCGGACAUACUAUUGACCACAUCGGAAUUGAACCGGUCGCCGAUAAACUCGGUGCCAUCCGUAGCUUUCCUUUUCCUUCAUCUGUUAAACAAUUCAAACGUUUUUUAAGGAUGCUUAAUCGCUCACGAUCCAUUUGCAACCUACAGCGGGACGAGUCCAUUCUUUCGCCGUCAAGCGACAAACCGUUUUCCUUACACGUUAAGCCGGUACCAUUAAAAAUAGCACCAGGUACCAUAGACUGCGUUGUCUCUACACCCACUUCAAGACCUAUAGUCGCACAUGCAAUGCGCCACCAGGUUUUCGACGCUCUGCACGUUUCUCACCCUGGUAUACGUUUGACGGUCAAGCUCAUUUCACAACGUUACAUAUGGCCGAAUGUAAACAAAGAGGUUCGUUCGUGGGCAAAAUUUGUCCAGCUUCUCAGCGUUCAAGUGAUUCGCCAUACUCAUUCACCCAUCGGUACCUUCACCAGAAGGUACACUCCAGAAGGUCGAUUCGACCACGUCCACAGAGAUACGGUCGGCCCUCUCCCGGCAUCAAAUUCAUUCUCCUAUCUCCUUACUUGUGUCGAUCGUUUUACGCGGUGGUCCCAAGCCAUCCCAAUACCUGACACUUCCGCGGAGACUAUCGCUCGCGCAUUAAUCAAUGGAUGGAUUUCCAUUUUUGGGGUACCUUCGUUCAUAACCACGGAUCGUACGUUUGACUGA